AAAACCAGCCCUCCCUCCUCCUCCUCCUCCUGCGCCGCCGCCCUCCCUUCCUCGCGCUGCUCGGUUCCUUCGGUUCAGCUCAACGCAGCGCUGCUCGCAGCAGCGAAGCCGAGGCGGGCACGGUUUCCGAGUCCCCAGCGCCGGCUCCAAGCUCCUGCUCUCCGCCCGAGCUGCGCCAGGUCUAGCCUCUGCGGGGACCCCUUCGGGCAGGAGUCGCGUGGCGAGGGCCAGCGACGGCGGAACAAAGUUGGGGGCCCGCGAGGAUGAGGCUGCCCCCGGAGCCGCUGAGGCUGAGCCGGAGUCCGGCGCUGCUGGCCCUGGCGCUGCCCCUGGCCGUGGCGCUGGCCUUCUCUGACGAGACCCUGGACAAAGUGCCCAAGUCGGAGGGCUACUGCAGCCGCAUUCUGCGCGCCCAAGGCACGCGACGCGAGGGAUACACCGAGUUCAGCCUCCGCGUGGAGGGUGACCCUGACUUCUACAAGCCAGGAACCAGCUACCGCGUGACACUUUCAGCUGCUCCUCCCUCCUACUUCAGAGGAUUCACAUUAAUUGCCCUCAAAGAGAACAGAGAGGGUGAUAAGGAAGAAGACCAUGCAGGAACCUUCCAGAUCAUAGACGAAGAAGAAACACAAUUUAUGAGUAACUGCCCUGUUGCUGUCACUGAGAGCACGCCCCGGAGGAGGACUCGGAUCCAGGUGUUUUGGAUAGCACCACCAGCAGGAACAGGCUGUGUGAUUCUAAAAGCCAGCAUCGUACAGAAACGCAUCAUUUAUUUUCAAGACGAGGGCUCUCUGACCAAGAAACUUUGUGAACAAGAUUCUACCUUUGACGGGGUGACUGAGAAACCAAUCUUAGACUGCUGUGCCUGUGGGACUGCUAAGUACAGACUCACAUUUUAUGGGAAUUGGUCUGAGAAGACACACCCAAAGGAUUACCCUCGUCGGGCCAAUCACUGGUCUGCGAUCAUUGGCGGAUCCCACUCCAAGAAUUACGUGCUGUGGGAGUACGGAGGAUACGCUAGUGAAGGUGUCAAGCAAGUUGCAGAACUGGGCUCACCGGUGAAAAUGGAGGAAGAAAUUCGACAACAGAGUGAUGAGGUCCUCACCGUCAUCAAAGCCAAAGCCCAGUGGCCAGCCUGGCAGCCUCUCAAUGUGAGAGCAGCGCCCUCGGCUGAAUUUUCUGUGGACAGAAUGCGCCACUUGAUGUCCUUCCUGACUAUGAUGGGCCCCAGCCCCGACUGGAAUGUGGGCUUGUCAGCAGAGGAUCUGUGCACCAAAGAAUGCGGCUGGGUCCAGAAGGUGGUGCAAGACCUGAUUCCCUGGGACGCGGGCACCGACAGCGGGGUGACCUAUGAGUCUCCCAACAAGCCCACAAUGCCCCAGGAGAAAAUUCGGCCCCUGACCAGUCUGGACCACCCUCAGAGUCCUUUCUAUGAUCCAGAAGGUGGAUCUAUCACUCAAGUAGCUAGAGUUGUCAUCGAGAGAAUCGCCCGGAAGGGGGAACAAUGCAAUAUUGUACCUGAUAAUAUUGACGAUAUUGUAGCAGACCUGGCUCCAGAAGAGAAAGACGAAGAUGAUACCCCUGAAACGUGCAUCUACUCCAACUGGUCCCCGUGGUCCGCCUGCAGCUCCUCCACCUGCGACAAGGGCAAGAGAAUGCGGCAGCGCAUGCUGAAGGCACAGCUGGAUCUCAGCGUCCCCUGCCCUGAUACCCAGGACUUCCAGCCCUGCAUGGGCCCCGGCUGCAGCGAUGAAGACGGCUCUACCUGCACCAUGUCGGAGUGGAUCACCUGGUCGCCCUGCAGCAUCUCCUGCGGCACGGGCAUGCGGUCCCGGGAGAGGUACGUGAAGCAGUUCCCGGAGGACGGCUCCGUGUGCACGCUGCCCACUGAAGAGACAGAGAAGUGCACGGUCAACGAGGAGUGCUCUCCCAGCAGCUGCCUGAUGACUGAGUGGGGCGAGUGGGACGAGUGCAGCGCCACCUGCGGGAUGGGCGUGAAGAAGCGGCACCGCAUGGUCAAGAUGAGCCCCGCAGACGGCUCCAUGUGCAAGGCCGAGACAUCACAAGCAGAGAAGUGCAUGAUGCCCGAGUGCCACACCAUCCCAUGCUUGCUGUCCCCAUGGUCCGAGUGGAGUGACUGCAGCGUGACCUGUGGGAAGGGCAUGCGGACCCGCCAGCGGAUGCUCAAGUCUCUGGCUGAACUCGGAGACUGUAAUGAGGAGCUGGAGCAGGUGGAGAAGUGCAUGCUGCCCGAAUGCCCCAUUGACUGUGAGCUCACCGAGUGGUCUCAGUGGUCAGAAUGUAACAAAUCAUGCGGGAAAGGCCACGUGAUUCGAACCCGGAUGAUCCAGAUGGAGCCUCAGUUUGGAGGCGCUCCCUGCCCAGAGACUGUGCAGCGCAAGAAGUGCCGCAUCCGGAAAUGCCUUCGAAAUCCAUCCCUCCAGAAGCUGCGCUGGAGGGAGGCAAGAGAGAACCGGAGGAAUGAACAGCUGAGGGAAGAGUCUGAUGGGGAGCAGUUUCCAGGCUGUAGGAUGCGCCCAUGGACAGCCUGGUCAGAAUGCACCAAACUGUGCGGAGGUGGGAUUCAAGAACGCUACAUGACUGUAAAGAAGAGGUUCAAAAGCUCCCAGUUUACCAGCUGCAAAGACAAGAAGGAGAUCAGAGCAUGCAAUGUUCACCCUUGUUAGCAAGGGUACAAGCUCUCCAGGGCUACACUCUAGAUUCCAGAGUCACCAAUGGCUGGAUUGUGUUUGCUUGUUUGUUUAAGGCAAAUUAAAUUGUGUACACUAGUUUUCAUUUCUGCAGUGUGGUUCGCCCAAUAGUCUUCCGGAUGCAAGGGGCAUCUUUCUGAAUACUUCUUGGUGGGUACAGGGUGAGUGGGGCUCCCUCACCCUCAGCUGGCCCUCUUCCUGCACAGAAGUGAGUAGUGUCAGCCACCUUGUACUAAACUGAAAUGUCUCCUUCUGGAAAAUCCACCUGGGCAGGCAGAAAGAGACCUUGGCCUCCUCCCAUGGAGAGGUAGUUGUGUCUAGAAGUGAGUCUGUGCGUCAGUCCCAGGGUGCAGCAGGUAGGAAGCAUUCCCCACCAGUCAAUGAGCACAGAUUUCCCUCAUCUCACCUUUGGCCUGCCCACUCUUCCAGGAAACAUUCGUUUACCCAUCUCUUUUAUUUUGAUGAGACUUUAGGUCCCUUGUUAAAUCGCCUCAGUCAUCACUGGUUCUUGGGAAAAACAGAGCUGGUAGACUUGAAAAGGAGCACUGAUGUUGGAUGGCUUUUCUUCUUUCACUGAGAAUUUCUAAAUAUAUUUAUCUCACCUCCUAAUAUUGGUACUUGAUACCUCAAAGAGGGAAGGGAAGUGAUAGCUGAAUAAUUUGAAAUAACUGGUUCUUAAUACCUGAGGUAAAAUUUACCAAGUAUAGAAAGUAUUUUUCCCUUGCCUUUUUUUUUUUUUUUUUUUUUGGCUAAUUUCUCCUAGGAAGCCAGCCUUUAUGAACCUUUUGGUACUAAAUCCUUACUGGAACCAGGGCCAAGGCACCAAAAUUGGUCUUUCUAGCAGUAUCAACCCUAGCAGUUUAUAAAAUCUGCCUACACAUCAAGACUUUUAAGUUUUCAAACCAGUUUCUAACAAGGAAGCUUUUUUUUUCAGUUUAUACAAACAUUUUACUAAGUCUGCCCAUACCCCUAAGCCUUUCCAUCAACAAAAAUACUAUCUCUGUAUUUUAUUUUUCAGUCAUAAAAAUUUAUGUAUAAAGAAAAAAAUGCUUCACAGCCAAUGACAGAAAAUCUAAGGAGAAAAGAAAAUGAAGAAAUCAAGCU